AUGUCUGCCCCCCACUUCUGGGGACAGAAAGAUACCCACAGACCCGACCUGCUGUGUGGGCAGGCGGCCGACUACGUGGUGGACAGCAUCUACUUCCCCAUACUGAUCUUUGUCAUUUUGGCUUUUGGAGGGAUUCUGAAGGCAUACUUAAGGAACUCGGAAGUGGCAGUCCUGUGUCUGCUCUCUCUGGCAGGACUGGCCUUAGGGCAGCUGGCCCACCAUGUGGUUGAGGUUCACCAGGUUAUCUACCCCCUUCUCUUGUCGUCCAGUUUCUCCCUGUUCUGCUACUUUGCCCCUUUAAUUAUCUUCCUGGCUGCUCUGAAUGUGGACUUCCACUUCCUCAAGAAUGUGCUGUGGCAGGUCUUGCUGGUUGGGUUGAUCAGUUUCCUCACAUCGUUCACCAUCCUUUUCACCGUGGUGAUAAAAUACAAUAAAGAAUUGUGGAAUACGCAGUCUUCCAUACUCUUUAGCGUGGUGCUAAGCAUUACAGACCCGAUGCUUUCCGUGAAGGCGCUGAAAAAUAUUGGUAAUUCCAAGACACACAUGGAUACCAUUUCAGCAGAAUCGCUGGUCAUGUGUGGCCUCGUCACCAUUUUACUUGGGAAUUUCCGGAGCAAUAUACCUAACUUAUCUGUGCUGAGAGAGUCCCACGUCCUCAUCUCUCUCUUCAUGAGCAUCCUAGGCAGCAUAGCGUGUGGACUUUGGGCCCUGAAAGUCAUCAAGUUCAUCCUCAUGCAUCACUUCAGCAACACGCUGACGACCAUCAUUCUCCUCUUCUCCAUGGUCUAUAUGACUUUCUAUGCAGUGGAACUCCUGGGAAUGUCCGGCGUGGUGGCUGUAAUGACAAUUGGACUGAAACUGGACUCCUUAUGCUUUAAACCAAAUAUGGAGUUGAUAAUCACCAGGUUCCUGAUGAUAUUUACUUGUGCGUACCAACAUUUGAUAUACACCUUCUUUGGCAUUGUAGUCGGAUGUGGAGAAGUCACGUACCUAGAACUUUAUGUUCUAGUGUUCAUCUUCAUCUUAUUCGCAACAGUGAAUUUUGCCAGGCUGUUCACGGUGGUGCUGGUGAGUCCGAUCCUGGGUCAUCUGAGCCAUGAGUAUAACUGGAAGUGGGCGAUGGUGAUUGCGUGGUCUGGGGCCAGAGGGGCUAUCAACCUGCUGCUGGCACCUGACGCCUACAACCUGUCUGAAGAGAAAGUAAACCAACCACAGAAGUUCGUAUUUUACAUACAAGUCCUGACGCUGCUGACGAUGGGAAUCAACGCCUCCAUGACCAUCUACUUGGCCAGGUUGUUAGGCCUCUGCACCAUCUCCCUCCCGAGGCGUAUGGCCAUCCAGAGCAUCGUGAGGCACAUCCAGGAGAUAAUAGAAAACACGAUCACUUUAAGUAAGACAGAGAAGAUUUUGACCAACGUGGACUGGGCCCUCGUGGAAGAGAAGACGAAGAUCGAGUAUGACAUUCCCUCCACGACCCAGUGGGAGGAGCCCAUCGAAGACACUUUAGUGGACGAAGCAGGACUGCACGUAGCUGUCAUACAAAUGAGCAGCUUUGAGAAACAAUGCAGCAAUGGUAUCCUCGACCAAGACGCGGGUCGGAUGUUAAUCGGUGCCACCAAGACGCACUGCAUCAAUAGAGAAAGUUUCAUGAGCAUUUAUGAUGUCUCUACGUACGUGAGAAAGAGAAGCUGGGUGAUGAAGUUAAAAAAAUACUUGGUUCUGUUGGAACACGAGAGGGAGAAUCCGCCUCUUAACGUGUACGGGAAAAAUAAACUCAUGAUUCUAAUCUACCGAAUCUUGUUUUCGGAGGACUUUGAAUACGCAGAACACGCCCUGAGACUAAUUUACACUUAUCCUUUGGCAGUGCAUCUGUGGCCAAAGACAAGAGAGCUGAGUGUCAGAGCACUGAUAGCAGUGAACUAUUACUUUGUGGCUCUCUUUGUCGCAGAAUCAGUUUUGAAGAUAAUCAUUCUGCAGAAGAAAUAUUUUCAGAGAUAUUGGAACAUAGUGCAGUUUGCCCUCAUGCUGCUUGGCCUCUUGGAUCUGUUCUGUGUGUACUUUGUCACCCUGAGGCCGGAAAACUGGAUUCUUAUUCGGAUCACCGUGGUUCUGGGGUACAUGAGGUUCCUGCGGCUUGUUCCUUUAAUCAAGAUACUGAUCCCGGUGCUCCUCGGUGUCAUGGAUGAGUUGAUCAAGAAACGCCUUAGCCUAAUGUACAGUAUCACCAAAGGCUACGUCAAAGCCCAGGACGAUACACAGUUCCUGAUCAAACGCAUUUUCAGCCAGGAAUCAGUCAACGAGAAAUUAUACAAGAUUCUGGAAGCCAACAAACAAGACGCGAUUAAGGAACUCGGGUUCAUCGAGCACGAGUGUCGCGACAUCGUCAUGGCUCUGAAGACGCGGCACGCCAUCCUCACGGUGAUCACCAAAGCCCUGAAGAACCUCACCUUCCUCUGGUCCAGGGGCAUCAUCGGCAAGCACGAGGGCAUGGAGAUAAACAAGGUGCUUCUUUCCAAAAUCAAAGACCUGAACAGCUUCCCCAUGACGAUCCCACCCCCGACACUGGACAAAUUCCUUCGCAAUAUCGUCUGGCUGGAAAACAAGGACGUUCUCAUUGAGUUUUUCAAGCAAAGAGCCAGGAUCGUCUAUUUUGAAUAUGGUGACAUCAUUUGCAAAGAAGGAGAAAUGCCGCAAGGAAUCUACCUGAUCAUUUCAGGACUGGCGAUCCUGUACAGGUCGAGCCCUGGCUUUGGCGUGAACAGCAGCAUCAGGUCCACCCGCAAGUCCAAAACCAUGUUCACGGAGUAUUGUACGAGCGGGGACAUCAUCGGCGAGCUGAGCUGCCUGCUGAAGCACGAGACGGAGUACAUGGCCAUCUGCGAGACCGCCCUGCAGGCCUGCUUUAUCUCCCUGGAGGACCUGUUCGAGGGCUUCGACAUCUUCUGGCCGUCCCUGGAGUAUAAGCUGUGGCUCAAGCUGUCACUGUCCAUCGCCUUCCAGUACUUUGAGUCGAGUCUCGUGACCGAGGAUCUCACCUUCGAGAAGUGCGUGCAGUUCAACCACGCCUACGUGGAGACGCUCUCCAGCUAUAACGAGAUGGUCGUCGACAACCUGAACCUGAAGUUGGUCAUCAUCGUGUACGGUAGCGCCGUUGACACCAAGACGGGGGAGUCCUACCUCGCCCCCAGCAUCUUACCGAAGACCUGCCAGCAGGUUCAGGGAACUUCAGAUGUCAACAAGUUUCUGAUGGUCCAAGACCCCAAAGUCCCCAAAGAGGAGCUUCUCCAAAGGUGA